GUCAAAAUUCUAAGACAGACAGAAAACCUAAUCAAGACCUAACAUUAUACUAUAUUAAAUUCCAUCAGGUGGUAGCUGACCAGAUCUGCGACUUCCUUCGCCACCGGCGAGGCUACGAGAAAUACCUGUCGUUUGGCUGCAGCGGAGGAGGUUACCUCUCAUGCGAGGUCUCACUCAAGGUUCACGAAGACCCAGCGCUGCUAGCGUUAGCGUACGGCAGGAUGGCGGGGCAUGUGUACGAGAGUCCAGUAGAUCUCGACCAGAUCAGCAUCGCAUACGUGCAUACCAUCACCAGCAACCCCAGACUCUUUAGAGUCACCAAGCUCUUCGUUGACUGGUUCAUGCGUGUGUGCUACGACUCGAUGACUCGCCACUACGUGGCCGCAGCGCAGCGCAUGUACAACUGCCCGGUGGCCGCGGACGCUCUCUUCCUCUUCUCAGACAGCGACCCCAUGAGCCCGCACUCGGCCUACGAGUCCAUCGCCGACAAGUGGAGGGCAAAAGGGCGGAGGGUUAGGUUCAGCAUCUUCGAGCACUCCAACACAGGCCACUGUCGCAACUUUGCUGUCCACCCUGAAAAAUACAGACAUGAAGUCUACAAGUUCCUUGUCGACGUCGGAUUUGUCGAUCAGAAUACUGUCGAUAAGGUUUUAUCGUCCAAUUGAAAUGACACGAUUUUAAUGUGCAAUAAAAGCGCAUCAAAAAGAACUAAAUUAACUCGGAAUAAGCGUUUUAUCAGAAAUUUACUCGAAAGUGCUACCAGAAAGCCGACGUUUUCUGGUAAAGCACCGACGCCUCGAGAAGCCUGCACUUUUUUAGUCGGGGAUCUCAUUCGUUAGGACGUGGAGCUCGUGUUGAGUUCAGAAUUUCUGAAUGUGGUAAAUACGUGUAUUGGUGGACCAAUGGGGACUUGAUAAUGAACAUGUGUCGUCUGCGCGAGAAUGUCUGUGGUUGAUUUUGUUCCCCUGAUUUGGUCUCGUUUUAUUAAUUUUAAAACCAGAAGGUCAAGAUGGCCGCUUCCCCAAGCUAGCAUCACAGUACAGAAUGUCCGAUAUUUUAUCUCCUUUAAUUGGGAUAUGGUAAUUAUUCAAUUUAAUUGAUUAACUUGAGUGAAUGAGCUUAACUUAGGUACAGUAAUAAUUUUGUAAGCUAUUUUAAUUUGUUUUUGACUCGCUCUGGGGGCUAGUCCAGUUUUCUACUGAGGUCUCGCUUUAGAUCUGUUGUGGUUAGUUGUUCGAAUUGUGACCCGUUUUUAGCUGAGUGUUCAGGCUGAUCUAUGUCAACUUGUCAAGUAUGCCUGGUCAUAUGAGAAUAUCAACAAGAUGAGAAUGAAUGGGAUUGACAGUGAAGACGCUGAUGGGCUAUGAUGUGACAUGGUGUAGGUCCAAUUUUAAAUCCUUGUUUCAAUAGUUCUCGCAGGAAUUGUAAUAGAAAAAAAAUUCGACGUAAAAAACCGAUUCCAACAAGUCUAUCUUCAUCUUUUUAGAGACUUGAAGCUCGUAAGUUGAUGAGAGUUUGUGCCAAUACUUACCUAGUGUCAUUUUAAUUACUAUGAACAUUCUACUAAGUAAAUAGAGUUCCGAGAAUUGUAAUCUAUAAUUAAAUAGCUUAUGUAGAAUUCUCAAGAAGUCACCUUGUUUUUGUUAUUUACUACUUUUGCAUCUGUUUUAAUUGCUUGUGAUCACCUAGACUUAAUUCCAUCGACGGUUCAUGAUAACUUGUUUCUAUUCCAUGCCCUCGUGCUGAUUUGUAAUGUUUGACUUAGGCCGACGAGGUUAAUUGGAUUAUGUAGAGUAAAAUAUUGACCUCGUACCCUGUACGUUCAGUUUACUUGAGUUUGACCAGUUCACUUCUGGAAUUGCGUUUACUAAAUUAAUUAUUAUGCAACGACCAAAUGUCUUGCAUGUUCCUCACUCUGAUGAAAAAUGUUGUCGGUGUAGGCUUUGUCUCAGAAAUACAAGGAAUAAGGGAUCAAAUCUUGAGCUUCAAUCCCGCCUUAUACGAUUUGUUCGUAAAACGGUUCCCGAACUAAUUAGAUUACUUUAGGAGACUUCAUAUAGGCCCUCUCCAUUCAAAUGUGCCGCAUUUAAUACAAAUGCAGUGGUGCGUUUGAAAGGCAGGAUUGUUGCGCACCAAGAACAUCAUUAUUUCUGUAUGAGAAAGAAAUUUGACGAAUAUAUAUGGAAAUACUUUCCU